ACAUAAUACAUUUCAACAACAAAACCAUGGGUUCCCUUUCUGUUAUUGACGAACCUUUGCAGUAUCCGGUUGCUCGUAGAGACGACUCUGUUAUCGAUGAUUAUCAUGGAAUCCAGAUUCCUGAUCCUUAUCGAUGGCUUGAAGAUCCUGACGCCGACGAAGUAAAAGACUUUGUACAAAAGCAGGUGAAAUUGACAGAAUCGGUGCUUGAGAAAUGUGAAGUUAGGGAGAAGUUACGUGAGAAGAUGACCGAGUUACUUGAUCACCCUCGCUUCAACGCGCCGAUGAAGCGACGAAAUAGGUAUUUUUAUACGCAAAAUAGUGGACUUCAAGCACAAAAUGUGCUUUAUGUUCAAGAUGGUUUGGAUGGAGAAGCAGAGGUUUUACUUGAUCCAAACAGCCUCAGUGAGGAUGGAACAGUUUCAUUGUCCACUUUUUCAGUUAGCGAGGAUGCUAAGUACUUGGCGUAUGCGCUUAGUUUGAGUGGAAGCGAUUGGCAGAAAAUUCAAGUAAUGCGAAUCGAGGAUAAAAAAGACGAGUCUGAUACUUUAUCUUGGGUUAAGUUUUCAUAUAUUAGUUGGACUCAUGAUAACAAAGGAUUUUUCUACAGCCGUUACCCAGCUCCCAGAGAGGGAGAAAAUAUAGAUGCUGGGACCGAGACUGAUUCUAAUUUAUAUCACGAGCUUUACUAUCAUUUCCUGGGUACUAAUCAGUCGGAAGAUAUUUUAUGCUGGAGAGAUCCUGAUAACCCCAAGUACAGGUUUUAUGGCAGCGUUACAGAAGAUGGGCAGUAUGUUCUCCUGAAUAUAGUUGAGACUUGUGACCCAGUGAACAAACUAUACUACUGUGACAUGUCUGCUUUGCCAGAAGGCCUUGAUGGUUAUAGGAAAAGAACUGGCCUUCUCCCAUUCGUUAAGCUUAUUGAUGGAUUUGAUGCAGAGUAUAGACCGAUUGCGAAUGAUGAAACUGUGUUUACUUUUCUCACUAAUAAGGAUGCUCCAAAAUAUAAGUUAGUACGUGUAGAUCUCAAGGAGCCAAGAAGUUGGUCUGAUGUUGUCCCAGAGGCCGAGAAAGAUGUGCUUGUAUGGGCACGUGCUGCUAAUGGUAGUCAAAUGAUUGUGAGUUACUUGAGUGAUGUGAAGUAUAUUCUGCAGAUAAGAGACUUGAAUACCGGUUUUAUGCAACAUCAAUUACCAAUAGAUAUCGGCACAAUCUUAGGAUUAUCAGCACGGCGUAAUGACAAUAAUGUUUUUAUUCAUUUCAGUAGUUUCCUUACCCCAGGUAUCAUAUAUCAAUGCAACUUAGAAGCAGAGGUUCCAAAUAUGAAGAUAUUUCGUGAAAUUAGUGUACCUGGAUUUGAUCGGUCAGGCUUCAAUGUUGAUCAGGUUUUUUAUCCAAGUAAGGAUGGUACCAGGAUACCAAUGUUCAUUGUAUCCAGAAAAGAUAUUGCUCUAGAUGGAUCACACCCAUGUUUGUUAUUUGGUUAUGGCGGAUUUAACGUUAGUCUCACACCCUUCUUUAGUGUCAUUCGUACUAUACUCACAAGGCAUCUUGGUGUUGUAUUCUGCCUUGCCAACAUUCGUGGUGGUGGAGAAUAUGGGAAGGAAUGGCACAAAGCCGCCAAGCUUGCUAAAAAACAGACUUGCUUUGAUGACUUCAUUUCUGCUGCUGAGUACCUCAUAUCUGCUGGUUAUACUCAGACCAAAAAGUUGUGUAUUGAAGGGGGAAGCAAUGGCGGGCUUCUUAUCGGGGCUUGCAUAAAUCAGAGACCUGAUCUUUUUGGUUGUGCUCUGCCCCUGGUUGGUGUGAUGGACAUGCUGCGGUUCCACAAGUUCACCAUUGGCCAUACAUGGACUUCUGAAUUUGGUUGUUCUGAGAAGGAGGAAGACUUCCAGUGGCUAAUCAAGUACUCGCCACUACAUAACGUUAGAAGACCAUGGGAAGCACGCCCUGAAUCUGAUCAAUCUUGCCAAUGCCAGUACCCACCUACCAUGCUUUUGACUGCUGAUCAUGAUGAUCGGGUAGUACCGCUGCACACGUUGAAAUUAUUAGCGACAAUGCAAUAUGUUCUGUGCACAAGCUUGGAGAAUAGCCCUCAGACCAACCCAAUUGUUGGACGCAUCGAGUGUAAGGCUGGACAUGGAGCAGGACGUCCCACACAGAAAAUCAUCGAGGAAGCAGCUGAUCGUUAUAGCUUCAUGGCAAAGAUGUUAGGUGCUUCUUGGAUUGAGUAGUUGAGUUUAUUGCCACGCCAGAAAACGGGAGUUCCUACCGUUAAUAAAAUUAUCUAAUGUCUAAUCUAAUCGUACACGUAUCACAAUUUUUGUUUCUGUUUUUUCUUCCUUAUGAUCGAUCACUAAGAAUACAAAUUAGACUAGUUACUACUUACUAUGAUCACAGGUCAUGAUUUUAAACAUCCUUUUUUAAAUACAGAAUUAGAAUACGGGUUUUAUUGCC